AUGACCGUGGGAUCCUGGACAUUCACCGAGCAUGGUGGUGGUAGAUUGAUCGAAAGAGGUAGUGCCUUGAGUACAGAUGGAAGGUUCAUGUUUGUUGUCUCCUCGGAUUCUCUACGAGUAUUCAAUGUGGAUAAUCGUAUUGGGGUUCGAAAUGUCAAGUUCUCUGAGAUGACCGUGCGAGGUGACUUUCCAGAGCUGGAUAUUACCAAGAAACUUGUCAGAAUGCUUGUGAGCUCCGAUAUAUUGCAUUUUGUGUUUUCAGAUGGUCACCAUCUUUGGUUGAACUGGAAAGAGUUCAUGUCGGGUGAUCUAGAAUUGAAAGUUGAAAAAUUUCAAGUCCCUGGAACUGUCCUGGAUGUCCUCCACUACAAAGAUGAAUUUUACACCAUCAUUGGCAAACGUAAUAAAGGUCACAACAGACAAGUUGUCAAGGAUGGAGAGGUACUAUACACUGUGGAAUCCGUCCGUCUGCAUAACAAGUCAUUGUACGACAGAAAGAUUGUCUUUUUAACCACUGAUCAUAAGGUCACAGUGAUAGACCUGGAGACAAACACCUCUUCUGACGUCAAGUUCUCGUAUAGAAGGGACGUCAUGUCGGUGGCUGUUGCAGAAAAAUCGGACAUGGUCGCAUUAGGAACUGCAACUGGUAUAAUUCAUUUGGUCGAAUCAAACACAGAGAGACUGCUCAAAUGGCACAUUGAUCAAGUGAAGGCUAUGGAAUUUACCGUGGAUGAAAUGUACCUGGUUUCUGGAGGUGUUGAGAAGGUUCUUGUGUUCUGGAACCUUUCCACGGGUAAGCAGCAGUUCUUGCCAAGGCUGAAUGGAGUAAUUGUCGACAUCGAUCUUUCCAACCCCGAACUUUACACACUCACGUUGAUAAGCAACUCCAUCGUGGAGUUUUUAGUUAUCAGUUCCAUUGAUUUAGCAUCCAGAAUCUCCGUUGCGAGCGUCAAAAACCGCUUCAAAGGUCUUAACAAGAAAAAGUCGACAGAUAAAGAUGUUACCAAACUCGGUUUUGAUAUUACCACGGACUUUGAAGUGGUGAAAGACCAACUAUUUUUUCCACUCCGAUCCCAAAUUCAAGUUUACGACUAUAUCCGUAAUGAGCAGCAAGCCCUACAAACAGUUGCCCCAGUAAGUCAAAUCGGUAAGGUAAGAAGUGAACUAGCCAUCCAAGAUCCAAAAGUCAAAUGCUUUGCCGUCAGUGAAAACGGAAAAUGGAUGUGUACCUUUGAUUCUGUUCCAACCCCCUCUGCUGAUGCAUUGUUGUCUACUGGAGAGCAAACAUAUUCUCUGAAGUUUUGGAAACAUGUUCCAGGAGAUGCUAUGUACGGUAGUUGGGAGUUAACCACCAAAAUUAUUGAUCCACAUGCUCAGAAGCCUGUCUCUGAGAUUAUCCCUGCCCCUAGUUCGUUAUAUGGAGGAGAUGCGUUUGUCUCAGUCGAUGGUAAGGGAAACGUACGUUUAUGGAGACCCAGAGCAUUAGACCCUAACGCAGUUGCCGCUGCCAACAACAAAGCUUUACAGCAUACAGAGUGGACCCUGCGAAAGGCAUUUUCAGGAUUUGAGUCUUCAUCUGAAUCUGUGCAUGCCUCAUGGUCCCCAGAUGGCUCCAUCAUUGCACUCAGUCAUGAGACGAAUGUUUUACUAUUGGAGGUCAACACAUCCCAGAUGGACCCCAUUCCACUUCCCUCUUUGGUUCAGAACCGGAUUACGGGUCUCAAAUUUGUAGAUGACGGGAAUUUACUUCUUCUGACCAAGAGGUCUCUAGCAAAUUUCAACAUAUUAACCUGGAGCAAAACUCCACUGAACCUCAGUUUAGAUUUCCCAGCUAAGGGCCAAUCAUUAGUAGCUGUCGACCAAGCCAAAAGGAUUAUAGCCGUUGUGCUUAACUAUUAUAAUCACGAUAAAGAUAUCCAGUCCAAAGUUUACCUAUUUAAAGCAGAUAGUUUGGUGCCGAUAGGAGAGGUCAGUCUUUCCAAAGGAAUAUCAGGGAUUAGAUACUCAUCUUACAAUGACACAUUUGUUGUAGUAGACACUAGUUCGAUGAUUUUUACCCUUUCCAACAAAGAUCUACCCAAGUUCAACCAGGAUUCAGACUACGUCACCGAGAUUAAUACUCUGGUGGGUAUUGCUCAGUCUAACCACAAGGUUCUGAAUAACGUUGAAAAUAGCAUGGAUUUGUUGACAGAAUCUGUGAUGCUGAAUGCCAACUCUUUUGAUAAGAUACUAGAAAACACAGAAGGUUUGACGGUGACGAACUUGUUUGAGCGUGUUUUGAAGGUCAUCUAG